UGCUCUUGCGUCAAAAUAAUUUUACCAACCGGAUGUGAGGUGGCUUCUAGUGAGCAAGCCAAAGAUAAACACGUAUACAGGCAAAAAGGGGUGAGGAUAAUAAAUAUUACAGGGAGGGUGUUGUGAAAGAGCUGAAAUGGAGUAGUUGCUGAUAAUAUAUAGUUCUAGCAGGCAGGGAUACAUCCGACAAAGGAACUAAGGAGAAAGUCUACCACAGACAUCGAGUAGCAUCCGAGGCCAAAAUGGUGCGAGCAGCCUUAGUGACUGUCACCAGUCUGGCGUUGACUGGGGCCGUUGUGGCACAUGCCUAUUUACUCAAACACCAGUUUUACCCGACUGUAGUUUACCUCACCAAGAGCAGUCCCAGCAUGGCGGUGUUGUACAUCCAGGCAUUUGUGCUGGUGUUUCUGCUGGGAAAGUUUAUGAGGAAGGUCUUUUUUGGUCAGUUGAGAGCUGCAGAAAUGGAGCAUCUCAUCGAACGCUCAUGGUACGCCGUGACCGAGACGUGCCUGGCUUUCACUGUGUUCAGGGAUGAUUUCUCUCCUCGCUUCGUCGCCCUCUUUACCCUCCUGCUCUUCCUUAAGUGCUUCCACUGGCUGGCUGAGGACCGGGUGGACUUUAUGGAGCGGAGUCCCAACAUAUCAUGGGUUUUUCACUUGAGGGUUUUAUCUCUCAUGGGACUGCUGGGUGUCAUGGACUUCCUGUUUGUCAACCAUGCCUGUCACAGCAUCAUUACCCGAGGCGCUUCGGUCCAGCUUGUGUUUGGAUUUGAGUAUGCCAUCCUGCUGACCAUGGUCCUGACAACCUUUAUCAAGUAUCUUCUGCAUACUAUUGACCUGCAGAGUGAGAACCCCUGGGAUAACAAGGCUGUCUAUAUGCUCUACACCGACCUCUUCACAGGUGUGGUCAAAGUGUUCCUGUACAUUGCCUUCAUGACCAUCAUGAUAAAGGUGCACACCUUCCCUCUGUUUGCCAUCCGGCCCAUGUAUUUGGCUAUGAGGCAGUUCAAAAAAGCUGUAACAGAUGCUGUAAUGUCCCGGAGAGCCAUCCGCAACAUGAAUACACUAUACCCCGACGCUACUCCUGAAGAUCUGCAGGCCUCAGACAACGUCUGCAUCAUCUGUCGGGAAGAAAUGGUGACUGGAGCCAAGAAGUUGCCUUGUAAUCACAUUUUUCACUCCAGCUGCCUGCGCUCUUGGUUCCAGAGACAGCAGACCUGUCCCACCUGCCGCAUGGACGUACUCCGUGCUACGAAUAACAACCAGACUCCGGCUCCAGCCCAAGCUCCGCCUCCAGCCCCGGCAGCCCCCGCCAACGCCCCUGCAAACGCCCCCGCAGGCCAACCACCUAAUGUGGCUCUAGGCAUGUUACCAGGGUUUCCUCCCGGCAUCUUCCCCUUCUGGGGUCCCUUCCCUGCAGUGCUUCCUCCUGCUGGAGCAGCUGUACCUCCAGCUCCAGCUCCAGGUGCUACUGAUGCUCCACAAAGCAGCACAGAGUCCACUCAGACAGCUAGCACCACCCAGCCCACAACAUCUACUGCAGAUUCUGCUACUACAGCAGCAGCUCCAGGAUCAGCAGUGCCAGGCUUCCCAUUCUCUUUCCCCCCUCCUCCCUUCCCUGCUGCACCAUGGCUCCCCAUGCCACCACCUCCUCCCUUUGUCUCCUCAAUGCCUCCUCCCCCUCCCUCCUUGUCCCGGCUGUCAGAAGAGGAGCUGAGGGAGCUGGAGGCAGAGGGUCGGCGGGGCCUCGAGGCCCGACUCCAGUGUCUUCAAAACAUCCACACCUUGCUAGACGCUGCCAUGCUCAACAUCCACCACUACCUCAGCACCGUCGCAACGCUCACUCCUCCUCGGGCUGGCAGCACUGGAGAAGCCAGCGGGACGAAUCACACUGCCUCAUCUUCCACAGCUGGCAGUAACACAGAGAGUCCCAGCACAGAGAGGGACUCGUCCGUCUCCGAUCAGGUGAACGGAGCAACGGUUUCCUCUCAGUCCCCUGAGUCCACUUCUGUUGCUUCGGGCACUGAAAGAAAAGAGAAGAUGGACGAAGGAGUGGAGGACGGAGAGGAUGGAGAGCCAAAUGCUGCUGAGCUGAGACGCCGCCGCCUUCGUAAGCUAGAGACAACACCGUCAUCGUCGUCAUCGCCUCCCUCUCCUCCUCCAGACAACUGAUCCACUUGUCCCGACUCAGACAUAUCACUCUGGACCAACAGGAACUCUGAGCUGGUGUUCGGUUGCUUUGGUUCUCCAUUAGCUUUCUUCCACAGGUUCAGGUUUCUAACUGUGUCGAGCUGGACCGUCAGAAAAUGCUUGUGGACUGUUUCCGCGUCAGAAAGCAAUAGCACCUGCUUUUUGUUUGUUUUGAUUUACAUCAUCAAGGACUGCUGCAGUAGUAGUACUGCAGGCGUUUGUCAGCUUAAUGAGACAGAGAAGAAAUGUCCUUUCAAACCCAGUUAUGGUUGAUCGGUGUGGGAGAGGCCGUGCUGGGUUUGUGUUUGGUAGUUUUACUGUCAGUGACGUCUAUGCUUGAACUUCCUAUUUUAAUUCAUUUGACAUUAGGUCCCGCUCUCCUCAUCGAUGUGUUACAGAGGACAUGGAUCAUCAAACAAUCCAGUGAAUUCAAAUCAAAGGAAACCAAUCAGCUUCCUCUGCUGUCUUUUCAUCUAACAUGCAUCAUUCUUCUGUUUCCUGCAUUCUCAACACGUUACCACUGCAGACACUGUAACAUACUGAUUUAUUUGAAUGUGUACAUACUGUAUAAAGAGUUUUAAUAGGAUGAUCUGUACAUAAUGCAGAAUAAACGGACUGAAAUUGCAGUGGUACAGAAGUUGUUUGCAAACUGUUGUCAUAGAGGUGGAAUUGUUACAAUGAAGCUCAGUGAGUGUGAGCAUCUCUCUUCAGGGUUUCUGUUUAAGUGCGUCAUUGUUGCCUCUGAGCUAGAGAUUGGGGUGUUUAAUUAAAACUUACUGCUGAUCUAAAUGACAUCACGUCUUUAUGAGUGAGCACCUUUAGCAUUUGAUUCCAGCGUCUCUCAUUUGCUACACUUAAGUAAUAAAGAUUGACAGAACUACUGUA